AUUCUGCCUGAUAAAAUACACAUUUUUAAGAGUUGAAAGGGUGACAUUUGAGGUUACUAAGUUACUUCCAUUCUCGUAGGUGCCUAAAGUAGUUUCCCAUUCGCACAUUAACAGGCAACCAUCAGGAAUUGUCUUUAUCGCCUCUCCGACCUUAAAAAAAACCUCCCCUUCAUCACUGUAUUGAUUUAUGUAGACACGCAGCUGCGGCUCUAUAAAUACAGCGGGGCAGCAGUCCACUGCAUCUCCCCACACUCACCGCAUUCUCACACUCGACAUCUGGUCAGGACGCACCGACAGACGCACCAUCUCCGCAGAGCACGCACACCGGGGCUACACAAUGGAUGUCAUCGGGGCUCCAUCCCGCAGGAGAAUGCUCGAGACUCGGAGCAACCGCUCAUCCCCACCCGCCAGCCUAAGAUCACACUCCUGGUCUCAGAGAAAUCCGGGGUGCAUGUCCAUCUCCUACAAAAGAACUACCAAGAUGCCAGCAAGCAGGGCGUACACGACCGCGCCAGACAGUCUGGAACUCUCAUCCGCAUUCAAUGGUGACCACAUGUGCAACAACGAGAAGGAACAACUUCAAGGGUUGAAUGACCGAUUCUCCAGUUAUAUCGAUAAAGUCCGGUAUCUGGAAGAACAAAACAACCUGCUGGAGACUGAAAUCCAAGAACUCCGGCAGAAAAAGUUCACGCAGUCGCAACUUAGUGAUGCUUUCGACCAAGAGCUCGGCGAACUCCGCUCCGCGCUCGAGCAACUGCAUAGAGAGAAAGUGCAGAUUAUUAUUGAUGCCGAUAACGUCGAAGACAACAUCCACCGUCUCAAAAACCGCUACGAGGAUGAAGCCCGCUUUAGAGAAAAAAUCGAGAUGUCAAUCCGGGAAAUGAAGAAGGAAAAAGAUGACUCGGAUCUGAUGAAAUUGGAUUUGGAGAACAAAGUUCAGUCCCUCCUGGAUGAGGCAGACUUCCUGCGCAGUAACCACGAACAAGAGGUCAACGACCUCCUCGCGCAGCUCCAAGAGGCUCAAGUCCCGGUAGACAUGCGGGAAUACAGUAAAACGGACAUCACCUCUGCGCUCCGAGAAAUACGCGAGCAGCUGAACGGUCUCUCACCCCAAAACUUUCUUCAGGCGGAAGAGGUGUUCCAGUGUCGCUACGCCAAACUCACGGACGCUGCAGACCAGAAUAAGGACGCGAUCAAAUCUGUCCGCGAUGAGAUCGCAGAUUAUCGCCGGCAGCUGCAGGUGAAGAACGUGGAACUGGAGACUCUCCGCGGCACCAAAGAUUCCCUGGAGAGACAGCUGACUUACAUCGAAGACCGGCAUAACAACGACUUGGGCAGCUACCAGGAGAUGAUUCAUCAGCUGGAGCGGGAGCUGAAGGGCAUGAAGGGUGAGAUGGGUCACCACCUCAGGGAAUACCAGGACCUGCUCAACGUCAAGAUGGCCCUAGACGCUGAGAUCGCAGCCUACAGAAAACUACUGGAGGGGGAGGAGACUCGCUUCAGGCCAUUUGCUGACUCUUUCCCAAGCCCCGCCUUCCCAUACUGUCAGCCAAUGACCUCCUCUAAAGGGAAGAAGGAAGACAAGAAGGCGGACCUGAACGAUGACCUGGCUGCUGUAGUGGAGGAACUCCAGAAGGAGGAGGAGGCCGUGGAGGAAGAGGUGGCUGUCUCCAAGCGACCCAAACUGAGCGCUACUCCCCCUACAGGAGAGGAGGAGGAGGGUGGAGAAGAGGGAGGUGAAGAUGGUGAGGGAGAGGAAGAAGAGUCUGCUCUUGGGGAAACACAACUGAGCAGUACCAAAGCUCAAAAGGCUGGUGCUGAAGAAGAGGAGGAGGAAGAUGAAGCACAGGAGUCAGGAGAGAAAGACAAAAAGAGUGACUCAGAGGGAGAGGAAGGAGAACAGGCAGGUGACAAGAAAGAGGUGAAGGAGGCAGCAGCACCUGAGCAGAAGCAGGAGGAUCAGGUGGAGGAGCUGAGGAGUCCCCCAAAGACUCCUGGCAGCCCCAAAGGGGAGGAGCAGAAGAGUCCUCCCAUGACACCUAGCAGCCCCAAAGAGGAGGAGCUGAAGAGUCCCCCCAAGUCUCCAGGCAGCCCAAAAGAGGAGGAGCAGAAGAGUUCUCCCAAGUCUCCUGGCAGCCCCAAAGAGGAGGUGAAGAGUCCCCCCAAGUCUCCAGGCAGCCCAAAAGAGGAGGAGCAGAAGAGUCCCCCCAAGACUCCUGGCAGCCCCAAAGAGGAAGAGCAGAAGAGUCCCCCCAAGACACCUAGCAGCCCCAAAGAGGAGGUGCAGGAGAAGGAGCUGAAGAGUCCCCCUAAGUCUCCUGGCAGCCCCAAAGAGGAGGAGCAGAAGAGUCCCCCCAAGACUGCUGGCAGCCCCAAAGAGGAGGAGCAGAAGAGUCCCCCCAAGACACCUGGUAGCCACAAAGAGGAGGAGCAGAUAAGUCCCCCCAAGACACCUAGCAGCCCCAAAGAGGAGGUGCAGGAGAAGGAGCAGAAGAGUCCUCCCAAGACACCUGGCAGCCCCAAAGAGGAGGAGCAGAUGAGUCCCCCCAAGACACCUAGCAGCCCCAAAGAGGAGGUGCAGGAGAAGGAGUUGAAGAGUCCCGCCAAGACUCCUGGCAGCCCCAAAGAGGAGGAGCUGAAGAGUCCCCCCAAGUCUCCUGGCAGCCCUAAAGAGGAGGUGCAGAAGAGUCCCCCCAAGUCUCCUGGCAGCCCCAAAGAGGAGGAGCAGAAGAGUCCCCCCAAGACUCCUGGCAGCCCCAAAGAGGAGGAGCUGAAGAGUCCCCCCAAGUCUCCUGGCAGCCCCAAAGAGGAGGUGCAGAAGAGUCCCCCCAAGUCUCCUGGCAGCCCCAAAGAGGAGGAGCAGAAGAGUCCCUCCAAGACUCCUGGCAGCCCCAAAGAGGAGAAGGUCCUCACCCGCACUGAAGAAACCAUCAGCAAUGAAGACCAGGUGGCGGCCAAGCCUGCCAAGAAGAGCAAGCCAGCAGAAGAGGUCAAAGACUCCAAAACCACCGCCAAAAAAGCAGGAAAGACAUCUGCCCCAGCCGCUAAAGAAGUGAAGGAGAAGUAAACUCAGAGCAGGGCGAGAGUAGACAAAGAGUCAAAACCACUAAGACAAGCUCCACAGCAAGAGACUAUAACUGCAUGUAAUGCUGAGGAUGGUGAGGGAGAUUUGGGCAGUGUCAGGGACAGGAGCUAUAUGAGCGCUAAUAUGAAGCCAGAGGCACAUUCAAUUUAGUGAUAAAUCUCAAAGGCGCAAACUCUCCGUCAAGUCCCAAAGGUGCGACUCCCUCAAACGUGUCGGUGACCUCUGGUCUGCUCUGACCCCACUGACCUGCCGGCUGUGCUACGCUGCAGGCGCUUCCCGCCUUAAUUGCGCCGCAAGCCCGGUGCGCUCAGCUGUGAAACAUACAAACACAAACACAAACACUGCUGUUUACAACUCCAGAGCAAUAUGGAAAACCCAUUGCCUUAAUAAAGCAAUACAGAUCUUCCAAG